CUCCUGUCAUGACGCCACGUCCGGAUGCGGUAGAGUAGGAGUGGAAAAAAAAAUAAAAACAGCUUUAUUUAUUAGCUGCAGCCUGAGAUUACUAAUAAAUGUUUAAUAAAUGUUUACCGGCUGUUUAUCGGCGAGCACAGACCGCAGCCUGCCCGCUCAGACCCUCAGGCAUGCCCGCUGUGCCGCUCUGAGGAACCGCUGAGCUUUUUUAGCUUUUUUAGCAUUAGCGUUAGCAUAUUAGCAUUAGCUAGCCGAGCGCAGAGGUGUGAACUGGAGUCCGGCUGAGGAAGAAAACGACACGUAUGAGGAGCAGCUGUAGGUGACGAUGAAUGGACUAUCAGUUAGUGAGUUGUGCUGCCUGUUCUGUUGCCCCCCCUGCCCGAGCCGCAUAGCCGCCAAGCUCGCCUUCUUGCCCCCGGAGCCUACCUAUGCCCUCCUGCCGGACCUGGAGGGUGGCACGGUGCCAACCGGCUCCACUACGGGCUCCAGCCUUCGCUCCCGGGGCGGAGGGGGUGGUGGCGGUGGAGGAACGGGUGGUGGAGGUGGAAGUGGCACGGCUGCCGGAGAGGGACGCUGGAAGCUUCAUCUCACGGAAAGGGCGGAGUUCCAGUAUUCCCAGAGGGAGCUGGAUGCCACCGAGGUUUUUCUGACCCGGUCCAGUCGCGGGAACCGAGUGGGCUGCAUGUACAUUCGCUGUGCUCCAACUGCAAGGUUCACCGUGCUCUUCUCCCAUGGUAACGCUGUGGAUCUGGGCCAGAUGAGCAGUUUUUACAUUGGCCUCGGGACCCGAAUCAACUGCAACAUCUUCUCCUACGACUACUCCGGCUACGGCGUCAGCACGGGCAAGCCGUCUGAGAAGAACCUGUACGCAGACAUUGACGCGGCGUGGCAGGCUCUACGCACGCGGUAUGGCAUAAGCCCAGAAAAUAUAAUUCUGUACGGGCAGAGCAUCGGCACGGUGCCCACAGUGGACCUGGCGUCUCGGUACGAGUGUGCUGCCGUCAUCCUGCACUCUCCGCUCACCUCCGGCAUGCGAGUGGCCUUCCCCGACACCAAAAAGACCUACUGCUUUGAUGCUUUCCCCAACAUCGAGAAGGUCUCGAAGAUCACGUCUCCUGUGCUGAUCAUCCACGGGACUGAGGACGAGGUGAUAGAUUUCUCUCACGGGUUGGCGCUGUACGAGCGCUGCCCGAAAGCCGUGGAGCCGCUGUGGGUGGAGGGAGCCGGGCACAACGACAUCGAACUGUAUAGCCAGUACCUAGAGCGCCUGCGCAGGUUUAUUGGGCAGGAACUGGCAACCCAGCACACCUGAGAACUUCACCUGGACUCAUCUCAUCUACUUCUCUCACAGACUCUCUCUCACCUCCUCUCUUUGUUUUCUCUCUGUCUCUCUCUUUAUCUCCUCUGUUGUCUUCAUAAACAUCUCAUUCUUUCUAUUUAUUUUCUUUCCCCAUUUAUUUGAUCUUUUGAUUUUCUUCUUUUCCCUCAAUUUGUUCCAUUUUCCAGCAUCCACUGCAUUUACUCUGGUCCGGUGUAUGAACAUUUAACACACAGUCCCGCUCGCUGGUGGCAUGUUGAGAAAACUCAUGGACAUGCAAAAAUAAUGGAUCAAUAAGGAGUCAGUGGAAUGGAAUGAAGCUUUGUGUGUUUGUGUGAAUGUAGCGAUGAUCAAUGUAAGUAUUACAAUAAUAGAGCCUGGAGAUCCUGCACACUCAUGGGUUACAAAAGCUGGUCCCAUAAAUGCUUGAUUGACAAUAAACCUGUCCAGCCAGGUAGACCAAUGAAGUGUUGUGCUCUGGCGAAGUCGUUCCUGGGAAUCUUUUGCUGUGUGUGGGUGAGCAUUAUCCUGCUGAACGCUGGAAGUCCUGUCAUGAGUUCUGCACAGGUUGUUUAGCUGUCAGAGUUCCUCGUAUCACCACUAGGGCUGACUGGCUGACUGUUCUGUGUGAUGACUCCCUAGAUCACCACACCAGAAGGUGGUGGGGGGCAGUGUUUCGCUCCACAGCAAAGGCAGGUGAAGUGUUUACCACUGCAUUGCCUGGGCUUGAGGUGCCUAUCCUGAUUUCGAACCCAAUGUUGCAGUGCGUCAGUGCACCGGAGCAGUGUAAACGCACUAUCCUGCACUCUCUUUAUCUAUCUUUUUUUUUUUUUUAUCUCUUUCUCUCUCACUCUCUCUAUUAAUUUUCUUGUUUUUCUUUUACUCUCUACCCUCAUUCGUCAUUAUCCGACCACUUUUAGCUUUUUGGCUGUUUUUCUGUUUUUCUUUUCUGUCAUAUUCUCUCUAACACCUCUCCUUCUGUCCAAUCUGUCUGACUCCAGCGGAUGAGAGUGAGACAGCCUGUCUGUCUCUCUGUAGAGCAGGAGGAUCUCUCCUCCAGCUUUGAAUGAACAUUGUUGCUAAUGUGGAGCGAGUGGACGUGGAUUCUCUGCAGGUUGGCCUCACAUUUAAUCUCCACUUUCUCUGUGUGCGUGCGCGUGUGUGUGUGUGUGUGUGUGUGUGUGUGUAUGUGUGUGUGUAUUUCUCUGUGACGAAGGGCAGUACAAUGAGACAAGAAGCCAGGCCCAACCCUCUACCUCCUGCCUGAUUAAUAAUAAUUAUAAUUAUUCAUUUUCUAAUUAUUAUUAAUAUGAGAAAAAUGUAUAGAUUAUGAUGCUCUAUUAUUCAUUUAUGUGUUCUAGACACCAGUGAUCAUGUUCCAAACUGCACAAUACAGAAUGAUGCCAGCAUUGCAUUUUUUUCCUAUAUAUUCCAAAUACAAUAUAUUUACAAUAUAAAUAAUAUUAAAAACAAAUCUUUAUAAAAUGAUUAGUGUAAUAUAAAAUUAUAUAAAACACAAAUGCCCUGAUCAUAAAAAAAACACCUAUAUAGAGCUGUGAUUGGUCAAGACGCUCCCAGGACACGAGAGUUUAUUUCUAAAAAUGCAUUAAAUGCUGAUUUUCUCAUGGGUUUGGAAUGAGCUUUACACACAUCAGAUUUUACUCAUUUGCAUUAUGAUCAUGAUGUUAGCUAUAUAGACAAAGUAUUAGGACAUCUGCUCAUUCACUGUUUCUUCUGUAAUUAAGGGUAUUAAAAAGAGUUUAUCCGGCCUUUUGUUGGAGUAACUCUCUCUACUGUCUAAGAAAAGGCUUUUCUAGAUUUUGGAGCUACAUUGCUGUGAGGAUUUAAUUGCAUUUAGCUAUUAGAGCAGCAUCAGUGAGGUUGCAAUAUUAAAUAAUGAUAAACACCUCACCUCAAUGCUGGGGGCUUCUAUUGCACAACUUCUAUUGCAGGCAGUUCAUUAAAAGGAAAUUGAACGGUGGCUGAAUUUCUGCUCUCUACCAGUUGGAUAAAAAUAAUAUAAUUAAAAGAUAAUAAUUAUUAUUAUAUAGUAUAUAAACGUAUUUUUUCUAUAUAAAUAUAUAUAUAUGUAUAUAUAAGCUCAUUCUCAGGCAUCAGCAUAAGUGAUUUUCCGCUAACUAGAUAAAAAAAAAAACAUUUUAUACAGGACUCCUAAAGUGGGAGUGAUUUCUCAUGCUAUGUAAUAAAAGCUAUCCCCUCCAGAUUAUUAAACUCAGCUUCACUCAUCACCUUCUCACCUAAACAAAAGGCUUUACUGCUCUCCAGCCUCUCUAAACCAGCUCCAUUACACCGCCAGCACCGCGGACUGGUCCUGCAGCUCCUCCGCGAGCUGACUGAUGACCGGCUGCUGGCUCUGGGAUGAAUAUGUGGAAUUUCUCACCCUGAGGGCACUUUCCCCUGACCAAUCCUGUUCUUUAAAGCAGACACCUGCAGCUGAUCUCAUCGGUUCCCUGGAACUGGAUAGUCUCUUUACUCGUGUAGUGAUGUAGAGCUCUCGGCGCAGCCUCAUUGUUCCUGUGUGACAAAUCGGCGCUGUUGUAACUAAAAACCUGCACCUCUUUGGAAUGGAUAGGAAAAAAAGCGUUUCCUUACUUUUAACCCAUUAAUGUCCAGAACAAAGGAAGAAAACUGCUUUAGAACUAGGAAUGUACGGAACUGAAACAUUUGUUUGGAACUGAAACCAAACUAAAUUAAACUAAAUUUGUCUAAAGGGCAAAAACCAAAUAGUCUAAAUUUGAAAUAGUAUAAAUGUCAUUAUUUGUAUAUUUAUUUUCUUUUUUUUUCUUCUUUUUUGAUUUCUAGCCUUAUAAUUUGAGUUGCCAAAUAUUCAGUGCAUCCCUCCACAGACUCUGAUCUGAUUGGGUUAAAAUUAUUAAAAUGUAGCGUCCUUUGGAUUAAUUUUUCACAAUCAUUUAAAUAAACCUUUUUUUUUUUUGGCAAAAGAUCAGUAAUCACAUGUGGCCUAAAGAAAGUAUGUACGAAUGUAAUAUAAAAAGUAGUUUAAAAACUUUCACAUUUAAUAUUUACACUUAGAUUGCUGCAAAAAAGUCUGACUAAAUGACACUAUUAAAUAAUAAUAAUAAUAAAAAAAAAGUAUAAGUAGCCAUUGGUGAUCAUAAAUACCUACUCUUUGGAUAUUUCUGGUUGGUGUACUAUUCUCAGUCCAGCAGCAGCAGCACUGCUGUGUCUGAUACACUCGUACCGGCUCUACACACACUAACACCUCAUACACCACCACCAUGCUAAUCAGUGCUAAUCACUGCAGUGCUGAGAAUAAUAAUGACCCACCACCCAAAUAAUAAUAAUAAUAAUAGCUGCUCUGUGGUGGUUUUCAGAGAAUGUAUGCAUAGAAACAGAUACAGGACUACAGUCUGUAAUUAUACACAACCAGAAAGUGUCCUGCAUGACCAGUGGAUCUGAUUAAUGGACAGAGAGAAAUAAAAAAAAUAGUUUAUGUGCAGACUUAAACAGAUGGGCAUACUCAUAAUUUAGUCAUCCAAAGGAGAUGUUUGUCACCAUCCACCACAGCUUUUUUGUGUCUCUUUAUGGUGAAACUGAUCUUUAAAAGAAACGCUGGGAUAAAGCAGGAUAGCUGGAUUCCUCUACUCUAUUGUCUCCAGCAGAUCAGCAGCUUCAAACGACCCACAUUGCCUUUCUGGCGUCUGUAGCCUUAAGGUAGUCCUGAGUCAUUUACUGGUCAUAUUGUGGGUGACUCUGAAACCAUUACCCAUGUGUGGCAACCAUCACCUGAUAUCACCUAGUAUCACCUGACACGAGGGCCUGAGAACACUGUUUGGUGUUUAAUGUCUCAGAACAAGGAGUUUACAAUUUAUUUGAUGUCCGUUAAAAGUGGCCAGAUCCAGUUUUAGCCCCCUCAGGUCAAUCAGAGUCUCUUGAGUGCUGAGUAUCACCCGAAAUCAAUCUGAUCUUACAACCCGACAGUUUAUAUAAGAUGUGCUGUUGAUUAGUAAUGUAAAGUAUUAUUUUUUUAGUUUAGUAGUACAACUUUUAUUGCAUAUUUUGUUGAAUAUCUUGUAGUUAUAUGAAGUUAUAUUCAGUUAUACUUAAAAUUUCACCUAUCCUUCAGAAAAAUCAGUUAAAAGUAGCAGAAUUGUUUCUACACUGCUAAACACUAAUUAGCCAUAACAUUAACAUACUCUGCAUUAUAAUGUGAAAGUCCUCCUUAUGAGACAUGGACUCCAUGAGACAUCUGAAGACAAAAUGAUAAAAACUCUUAAAAAUAUUUUUAAAGAAUUACUGAUAUUAGAAUUUUUAAAAUUGAGAAUAAAAAUUAAAAUUGAGCUAAAUAUUUAAAAUGUAAGAUUUGGGCAUUAAUGGGUUAAUGUAGCAUCAUGCUUCAUAUACACAGAUUAUAUUUGUUAUAUACAUUAUUAAUUUUUGUUAUUAAAUAGUUGAGAUGCAUCAUUAUGAAGUAGGGCUUAACAUUACAACAGCGAUGAAACUAGAAGGAGAUGUUCAUGGGACUCGAUCAAGAUCAGAAUUGAUCAGGAAUAUAUUGGUGCUUUUACUAGAUAACCUUUUAGGUUAUCUAGUAAAUGAAAUAGUAAAUGAAAUGAAUAAUACUAUGGUUUGUAUUUAGCUUCAGAAAAGACUUUUGUUUCUUAUUUAAUAAUGUUUUAAUAUAAUACUUACAAUAUGAUAUAUACAUAUAUAUAUAUAUAUAUAAAGGACUUUAAUAAAGUGUGUAAGCAUUUAAAAGUUUUACCUCUCAUCUACACAGUCCAUAUAUUAAUAAUUAUCUACACUAAACAGAUUGUUUUGAUUGUGAAUUUUUUUUUCUAGUGAUGUCACAAAACCACUUAUAUCUAUCUAUCUUUAAAGGUCACCUUCCGCGAAAAUCCGAUUUUUCUUGUUUUUUGUGGAAUACAGUAGGUCUCUCCGAGUUGAAUGUGUACACCUGCACAUUAAACUGUUUUGCAGCCCCCAUUGUCUGCAGGAGCUAAGCAAAGAAAUCCCCCCUCCCCCCCUCCGAAAAACGGGUGAAUUUUGAAUUAUCUUUCUGCCUACGUAGGCAGAAACUCACAGACCAGCCCACCUUGGCUCGAGAAACUCCCAGAGGCGGAGCUGAAGCGACGCAACAUCACCGCUCAUCAGUUAGGAGGUGGGAGGCAGUGAGCGGUGGAGGGGCGUCGCAGUGCUCCUAGCCAAUCAGAGGAGAGCUAUUUGCAUGCUGUUUGCAUGUAUGAAUAUUCAUGAGCAAAGCUGGAAUCCGGUCAUUUUGGACACACCCCUAAAACAGUCCAUUAAAAAAGAGCUAUACAGAGACACCUGAGCACUUUUUUUUUUACAAAAACGGCUCACAUGUCAUUCAUUCAUACUAGAGACCACAACUAGACAUUUUAAAAUGAAAGAAAAAACGACGGAAGGUGACCUUUAAGGAUACAGCUAACUGAUAGAAAACUUAUAAGGAGCAUUUCGGCGUGGACUGUUUUUGAAUAAGCAGCUAAAGAGACGUUGCUAACAUCCUCUCUACACAGCUUUUAGUGAUGACCCAGGGCUUUAUUAUUUAUAAUAUAAAUACUAAAAAGCCUAGCAAAUGUGAAUCUACUGUUUAAUAAUAAUAAAUUGACAGAAUUUGUGAUCAGCUGCUAAUUAUGAUUCAUUUUAAGCAGUGUUAGCAUUUUUGGUCAAGCUGUUCAAAAUGAACAGAAUUUGCUAAUGCUAUAAUAAUUGGUUGGCUAAUAUCUUCCCUUCAUUAUUACCAUGGUUCCACAUUUUUUGUAAAGACUGAAUGGUCAGUAGCUGCCAACUCAGUUAGCAUUAUAAAUAUUGCGUUUAUUCACAAGCAUUUUUAGGUUCGCUCAAUAUAAUGCUGACAGUAAAUGAAAGCAGAUAAUCUUCGGUUAGCAUUAUGUUGAAGCUGUUAUGCUGACGCUACCUUCCAUCAUGAUUAGCAACUUUAACAUAGCAUCUUAAAUAGAUUUUUAGGCUUAUUUGUUGAUAAGGGAUCUGAGGUCGUCCACAUCAGGCUAGAUUUACCCAGACUUUAGCCUAUAGCCUGGCUAGUCAGUUAGCUAGCUGGUAAAUUAGCCUCUGUAGCUUGAUGGUUAGCAGUGUUAGUGUGUGUAGUUGAAUUGUUGGUUCGUGAGGGAAGUGUGGACGUUCUUCUCGGGCCAGUUUUAAUCUCGGGUCAGCCUGAAGACAGCAGGUGUUGGGUGUUACUGCAGCUACAGCACGGCUAAUCGCUAAAAACAAAGCUCACUGUUGUUCAAGCUGUUGAGGGGAUUAUUGGUGUGUGUGUGUGUGUGUGUGUGUGAUGUGUAUGUGUGUGUAAAAUGUGUGUGUGUGUGGAGAGACUGGAUAUACUGGAGUUGUUCUAAAAGCUCCAGCCCACCACCAGAACCCUGAUUCUGGAAUUUCCUCUGUGUUUAAAGAACCCAGGUUCUGCAGAUGUCUUUUCUAAUCGCUCAGAUGGAUGUACUGUAUAACCGGAUUUGCUAACGUGUAAAUGGACUCUGUUCUUUUAGAUUUUUUUUUUUUUUUUUUUUUUUUCGGGUCAGGGACUAGAAGACGUUAUGGGGGUGUGUUAUUGUGUCCACUUAUGCAUUGUUUGUUUAUUAUUAUUAUAAUUAUUAUUAUAAAGUUGUUGUUUUAGUUUUAAGAAAUGUCCUUUAUUUCUUUUCCAGAAUGAAUUAAUUGAAAGAAAAAAAUGAUCUUAGAAAAUAAAACCAUGAAUUGAUGAUA